AUGGACAAUUGUUUGACAGAUUUAAAAGAGAAUGAAAGUGGGUUGAGAAUGAAUGAGUUACUCGUCAAAUGUUUUCUCUAUGCUGAUGACCAAGUAUUACUUGCGUCUUCGGCCGAGGAGUUGCAGGAGAUGAUAGCGGUUUGUGCAGUUAUAGUAACAGUAUAUUCUGAACCUGAACCGAAAAAGUAUAAAUCGGGUGAUGCGGAAAAAGACAAAAAAUUAGAAUCAUCGCUGACUGUUGAUGAAAAGAAAUUUCUAAGACAGGUCGAAGAAAAAUUUGGUGUUAAAUCCGAGAUACCAGUUGAUAAUUCGAAAAACAUAACAGAAACAACACAAAAACCUCAUCUACCAGCUGUAAUUGCUAUCGAAAUUGUGAACGAUACAGAUUCAAGCGUAAAAGGAAAGAGAACUAUAGAUGCAAAUCUGGGUUAUGGAUACCGAACUAACAAUGGAUACACGUAUACGUAUUUUGGAAAGCCAAUGCAAGAAAAAGGCAAAUUUAUGAUCUAUCCAUAUUCUCAACAAGACAAUCCAUCACAAUAUAAUGGACAUGGCGCUGGGUAUUCGCAGCAGUCGACAAAAGAGUAUUCACAGGGAACUAGUGUAGAAAUUCAACCUUCACAAGCAUUUGAAUUAGUGUCAGUAAAAGAUAGUAAUGAAAAUUACGACACAAAUUCCAAAUCCUUAGAAUCUACACAAACCUACACAAAAAACACGCCUAUAUUCCAUCCAUCUACUUUAUAUACAACAUACAAUGGUGAAGGGCUCUCAGGCUUAAGUGGUCACUUUCCAAGCUUGAUGUCGAAUUAUUUUGUUGAGCCGAAGCAACUUCUCACAAAUCCUCAAUAUCAAAGCAUUGGUUUAACUCAAGAUCAUUUGAGUACUAGUGGCUUAGAUCAAAAUCGACCUGUAGUACCUGUUUUAGUUUUAAGGAUACCGAGUUCCUAUAUAAAAAAUCCUACCGCCGAAUUGUAUGCAAACUUGCCAAACAAUUACCCUCUUUCACAUUAUUUAAAUAAUGUUAAUCUUCAAGGUCUGAUCAAUCAAUAUUAUUUUAAGAAUGGUUAUGAUUUUGCUCCCCAAGUAACAACUUAUCAAAAUCCUCAAAUAACAACUUCUGCUAUAACUCCAACGGUAUCAUCAUCAUCUUACAAUUCUGAAUCCCAACAUUAUUCGAAUCCACAUGUCCAGCCAUCAUACACUCAAUCUGAUUAUUCUGGUGUUCAGUAUUCAGCAGUGAAACCAGUCAUGGCUAAAUAUCCUUCAAGUUUUACCAGGCAAAAUCAGUUUAGCUCACAAAUUCAAUCUCACUAUAGAAGGCCCACACAACAACAGAAAAAAGAAUACCGUUACCAAUAUCUACCACAGCCAGCGACACACACACAAGCCUACUAUGGACAAUUAUCACACCAAAAUCAUCAUCAACCAUCAGAGUCACAACAUGAACAACAUAACCAUCACGCCACUGUAACUGAACAAACGUACGAUGUCGGUAGUAAUACUAAAGUUGAAGUUCCACAAUAUUCAACUAGUCAUAACACAAAUGUUAUUUCUGCGCAGUAUGAUAGCAACACUCCAACUCAAUUAUCUGCAGAAGUACCGGAAAACUCUAAUACCUAUACACCCCACUACGAAUACACCAAAGACAGCCAAGAAGCUUAUAGUCCUCAGCAAACUUUAUCUCAAGGCUAUUCUAGCCAAUCACAAACUGACUAUAGCUCUUCUCAACUCAGUAAUGAAUUCUACUCCCAAAAGCAACCUGUACAAACAGAAUCUGUAAUUGCGUAUCCCUCUCAAGCUGCAAAUGUAGACCAAGGACAGCUAUCUUAUUCUGACUCGAGUGAAAAACAAGGAUACGAGUAUCCAAAACCAAGAGAAGAGACUGUUAAAUAUUCUUAUGUUAGCUCAGAGAAUUACCCUAGUAAAGAUCACACUAUCGCAACUGUACUACCUUACAGUCAUAAACAAGCAAUAAGUCCAAAUACCGCGACCAUUCAGACAGUAAGUUAUGUUACCCCAGUUCCAUAUUCAACUAAAUAUCAAUCACGUUAUAAAGUAAUGGUUCCGCAGAUUAUACUUAAAAGCCAUGAUGUUGAAAAAGUAACGUAUGUAAACUCCAGGCCAAUGCACUACACAAAAACUGGAUAUCACAACCAAGAUUAUAAUGCCGAAGAAGGGUAUACUGUUGGGACACACUAUAAUCCACAUACAAAUAAGCAAAAGCCUACUUCUCACCCCAGAAAUUAUCAUUCUUAUAUGAAACGUAUGACAAAAACUGACAAUAAGCCUGAAGGGAGUGCUGUAUCUUCAUUGAUAUCUAAGAAACAAAUUGAAAAGAAAACUUCUUCAUAA